AUGAGAACAGAGCGGUCGGGUGGCUUCAGUGGCAUUCCGGCCACGGCGAAAUGUCUCGUCUGCGAGCAUCCGGACGGCGGAUCCGCGCACUUCGGAAGCACUUCCUGCCUCGCCUGUGCUGCCUUUUUCCGGAGGACCGUAUCGUUGAACAUUCAAUUUCAUUGCAAGAAGGACAAUAACUGCAUCAUUUUCCAUGGUGAGAAUAUUAGUUUCAGCAUCGGUUUGAGCAUUCCUUCAGAACUGAGAAUGAUCUGCCGGGCGUGCCGAUUCGACAAGUGCGUAAAGGCUGGAAUGCGGAGAGAAUGCGUUCAAAAGAGGCGUUCCAACAAGAAAGUGCCGAAGAAACACAUGCUGAGGGAGGACCAGAUCAAAAUGGAAAUUGACGAUUCAAAGUUCGAAUGCAUUGCAGGUACUCAGAACUGUUUAGAACAACGAAGAUCAUAAUCUCGUGGCUUUUCUUGCAGAACAGACGGACGACAAUUCGCCUCUGUCGAUCGAAAAGAAAUCUCCGCCGGGUCUGAAUCCGAACGACAGUCCGCUCAUGAAUGAAUGCGUACGAUCCAUCUGCUCACAUUCCCAAUUCUAAGUUCUCAACUUUCAGAAAUUCGAUCCGAGUGAGUUUCCGUCUACGAGCUCCGCCAGUUUGCCGAAUAUAAGUAAGCAAAACUUGAAUACUCAAAAGUAAAUUUAAUAAUUUCAGUUCAUACAAGUCAAUUAUCCGCCGAGAAAGGCUACAAGUGGAUUAAUAUGAAUGGAGAGGAACUCCUCAGGCUUUAUGUGGACCAACUGAAGCUCUCAAUGGAUCGACGGAGGAUGAUGUUCACGGAGACGGCGCUGAUGGCUGUGGUCGAGGAGCGCGGAGACAUGCCCUUCGACUCCUCCAAUCCGCCUCCGCACUCACUGAAGAGACAAUAUGAAUCUCAACGAUUCGACAACAUGCUCGCCUUUGAUUUCUGCAAAGCGUGUCCUGGAUUCGAGGGCUUCAACUCAAUGGAGAGGGGAAUAUUCUACCGGUCCUGCUCUCUCGCCUAUUGUCUUUUGGACAUUGCCUGGAUUACAGUACAGGCGUACAAAGAGGAGGCGGACAAUCCGGCGAUGAUGUACACGGACGGAAGCAUUUGCACUGUGAACGACAUGUCCUACGGAUGGGACGACGAGGAUGACAUUUGUGCGCAAGAGAAGAAGAAGUGAGUGGGAAUGUGCGCUCCGAUUCGAACAACUCAUGAAGCUUCCAGACUGUUCUUCGCGUUCGUUGGUCGUUUUAACGAUGCAGUGUGUCGUCCGAUCAGGAGUUUCAAUUUGACGCACGUGGAGUUUGCAGCAUUGAAAGCACUGUGCAUUUGGAAGUUAGGUCAGUCGUUUUCUUUUAAAUACUCAUUGCCUCAUCACGAAUUUGACGGUUUCUUUUCUGCGAUGAUCCUCUGACAUCGUCGAAAGUUUCCAGUGUUUCCAGGCUACUGCGAGUACACGAAUAAGAUGAAAGAAGUGGGACAGGACCACCAGGCGGCACUGCUCAGCGGACUCAGCAACUACUACGAGGAGCACAUUCCAGAUCCAGUGGAAGUGAGCACCCGAUUGGGCAAUAUGAUACUUCUGAUGGGCACUAUAUUCGUAAGCGAACUAAAAGCAGUUUCUUUCAGUCAUUUAUUUUAAUGAUUUCAGGAAAUGAAUCAGUUGAUAAUGGAAACUUACAAGUCGGCGGAGCUGUUCGCCCUCUUCAAACUAGAUACUCUCUCGAAAUCCCUGUUGACUCUCUGA